AUGGUGGCACUGCAACAGCAGAGCAGCAACGAUCCAAGGCCGACGAACCCAGUGGACAGGGGUGGUGCGGACGUGUCGCAGCGAUACCGCGUAGGGCGUGUCGUCGGUGUUGUGCCGAAGCCAGCACCGAAGGCGGCGGAGGCGAGCCAUAGCAAGAGCGCGUCUGCAACUGGCGCGGGCCUUGCGGCGGCAGCGGCUGACGAAGGACAGCGGUGGCUGUUGGCCGUCUACGUUGGCGAGUGCGUCGAGCCGUUUGCCGUGUCGGCCAUCGCGGAGGAUGUCUUCACAGAGGCGGAGCACCGCAUCUUUGUGCAAUCAGCGCUGUCCACGAACAGAGAGGAUGGCAGCCGACGUGCGAGCGUGCUGCCGAGUCAGCAGCCCGCGUUGCUGUCUGCCGAGAUGGCUGCCACGGUGCAGCAGAACAUCAAAGACAUCCGCGUAGCACUGCAGCUGAUGCAGGCGGCGGACAAGACAGCAGCGGUGGCAGGAGCGGAGGCAGCCACGGCGCAGCUGAUGCAGCGCGCCAGUGGUCUGAAACGACCGCACGCUGUGUCAGACGACAACGGAGACAUCAGCAGUCACAAGCGGCGCACGGAGGCGGCCUCAACCGGAGAGGACAGUGACGGACUCGGCACGUACUUUGGCAACGGCGCCUCGUCGCAAGCCGCACGCAUGGCUCGCCUCACCGAGGAUUUGGCGGCACGAGGAGCGCAGCUUCAGCAGCUCCGCCAACUACUCCAGCAAAAGGAUCAGGAGGUGAAGGCCGCGCUUCAGCAGCAGCAGCAGCAGGAGGCGCGGCACCGCGGCGAGGUCGAUGUGUGGCGCGCUAAGGUGGAGGAACAAACUCGCACGCGCGAUCGGGUUGCGAAGGAGUCGUGGGAGUCGCUAGAGCAGCGAGACCGACUGCUCGAGGAGGCGAACACGAAGCUGCGUCGGCUGGCUGGCAUGGCCACCAAGUACAAGCAGGUUGUAGACGCCGUAGCGGCGCUGCUAAAACGGAGCGGCGGCGGCGAAGGGAGCGACGGCGCGGUCAUGACACCAGAAGACAUUCUGGUGGCGCUGCAGGCCAAAAAAUGCCUGUAG